CUUCGCCUUUCUAAACGACAGCUGACCUCAAUUGACUCAAAUCAUGACUGUCGGCGCGUUCUCAGAAUGGCGCAAGCUUCCCCUGAGCCUCAAUGAACUCUGCAUCAACACCACUCUCCGCUGUGGCCAAUCCUUCCGAUGGCACAACGUCCCAGACACCGACGAAUGGCGCUGCGUCCUGCACGGCCGUCUCCUCUCCUUAAAACAAGACCAAACCCACUUACACUACCGAACAUAUCGCUCCUCAAAACCCCCCAACCACCUCAAUGAAGACGACACCACCACCACCACCACCCUCUCCCUCCUAACCCACUACUUCAACCUCACCACCAACCUCACAACCCUCUACACCGAAUGGUCCGCCCAGGACCCCAACUUCCGCAAAAAGGCCUCUCAAUUCACCGGCAUCCGCAUCCUGCGCCAAGACGCCUGGGAAGCCCUCGUCUCCUUCAUCUGCAGCAGCAACAACAACAUCGCGCGCAUCUCGCAAAUGGUCGAGAAGCUCUGUCUGAAUCACGGCCCCUUCAUUGCCUCCGUCGAUGGUCGUGCUUAUCACGGGUUCCCGCCCCCGGAGGCCCUCACCGCCCAGGACGUGGAAGGCAAACUGCGUGGGUUGGGGUUCGGGUACCGCGCCAAAUACAUUUACCAGACUGCGGUGAUGGUGGCUAAGGAGAGGGAGAAGGGGUGGCUUGAUUCGUUACAGAACCCGGAGUGUCCUGCGUGGGGAGUGGAGGUUGUGCCGGGGGGUGAGAUGAGGCCUGAGGGGAGGGAGGGGUAUCGGGAGGCACAUGGGAAGUUACUUGAGUUGCAGGGGGUUGGGCCGAAGGUCGCGGAUUGUGUGUGUUUGAUGGGAUUGGGGUGGGGGGAGGCUGUGCCGGUUGAUACGCAUGUGUGGCAAAUCGCGCAGAGGGACUAUAAGUUCGGGAAGGGGUCGAAUAAGUCCCUGACAAAAGUCACUUAUGAUGCCGUGGGUAAUCAUUUUCGAAAGCUCUGGGGGAAGGAAGCUGGUUGGGCUCAUAGUGUGCUGUUCACGGCUGAUCUGAGGACGUUCUCGGAUCGACUGGCUGCUACCACUAAGAAGGUGGAGGUGAAGACCGAGGUGAAAGAGGAGAAAGAUGGCGUGGAGGAUAUCGAGGUCGAGACGAAGGUCACCACUGCGAUGGCGGUGCCUACAAAGAGGUCUCUUGAUGACGCGGGCGUGAAAGUCGAGGAUGACGAGGAGACCAAAGAGGACGGAAAACCGAACACUCUUGUCCAGGCCUCACAGACGACAACGCGGAGGAUGUCGAAGCGGCUUCGAAACCGCUGAUGAUAAUUAUAUACCCUGUACAUUAUUUACAUUUAUCUCGAUUUAUCAGAAAUACUAUAUUCCUUGCCUAGCAGCC